UAAAACGAUCACUCACUCUUUCCAAAAUCCCCAACAAAAAAAAAUGGAGGACACCUGCAAAUCGGCGCUGAACUUCUUCUCCGAUCAGCAGCUCUGCUACGCCGACAUCCUCACUCCGCCGGAGGUCAUAGCUCGAAUCCAAGUCGCCAUCCUCAACUUCCUCAAAAUCCUCACCUCGCCGGACCCCGCAAUCUCUGACCUCCCUCUCGUCGCUCGAAGCUCAAGCAACACUCGACUCAAUCAAGGCCUGGUGACUCAGACCUCAUGGAUUUUCCUGACGCACUCGUUCUGUACCAGAUCGCUUAUGCGCCCCAAUGCCGCCAAGGCCUUCAUCAGAGUGUGGAAGGUGAUGGCGAUGUGCUGUGAGGUUUUGGGACAAGGAAAGAGAGUCACGCAGAGGGAGCUUUUCUACAAGUUGCUUUGCGACUCGCCGGAGUAUUUCUCGUCGCAAUCGCAGGUCAAUCGGACUAUCCAAGAUGUGGUGGCAUUGCUUCGCUGCAGCCGUUACAGCCUCGGAAUCAUGGCGUCUAGCCGAGGACUUAUCGCCGGCCGUUUGCUGUUGCAGGAGCCGAACCAAGAGGUUGUGGACUGUGCUGCCUGUGGAUUUUCAGGGCAUGCUAUCACUGGUGACCUGAAUAUGAUAGAUAAUUUGAUGAUGAAAACAGAUGCGCGGUACAUCAUUGUAGUCGAGAAGCAUGCAAUAUACCAGCGCCUGGUUGAGGAUCGUGUGUUCAACCAAUUUCCCAGCAUUCUUAUCACUGCUAAAGGGUACCCAGACAUCGCCACAAGGCUGCUUCUUCAUCAAUUGAGCCGUGCAUUUCCUGAUUUGCCAAUUUUAGCACUAGUUGACUGGAACCCAGCUGGUUUAGCUAUUCUAUGCACUUUCAAGUUUGGAAGUAUAGGGAUGGGACUGGAAGCUUACAGAUAUGCUUGCAAUGUGAAGUGGUUGGGAAUGCGAGCUGAUGACAUAGAGCUCUUACCUGCAGAAGCUUUGGUUCCACUGAAACCGAAGGACAUCCAAAUUGCUAAAGGCUUGAUAUCAUCGGACAUGUUGCAGGUUAACUACAAUAUUGUAUUGCAGGAGAGCUACAGAGAAGAGUUGCGAUUGAUGGUUGAGAGUGGUCAGAGAGCAGAAAUUGAAGCACUGUAUUGCCAUGGAUACGAUUACUUGGGAAAGUUCAUAGCAAAGAAAAUUGUACAAGCCAAUUACAUCUAG